AUGAAUGUUGAAGAUACUAAUGAUCACACACGAUCAGUAGAAACUUAUGAGGAGCGAGAAUUACGUCUUGCCAAUAGACGUAAUCAGAGGAAAAAAAAGAGAGCUGAGGAAACAGAAGAAGAGAGAAAAAUACGUAUUGAAUAUGAACGUAGCCAAAGGCAAAAUAAAUUAAAUGCAGAAACACCAGAGGAACGAGAAGAACGCCUUGCACGUGAUCGGAAUAGAAAAAAAAAAAUUGACACAAAAACUAUAGAAGAGAGAGAAGUGCGUCUUGAACAUAGACGUAUUCAAUGGAGUAAAAAAAAAGCAGAAGCCAAUAAUGAACCUAUUGUGGAAAGUGGACAACUUUCGGAAUCUGAUAGAAACCUUUUAAACACUUUUCGCAAAAUAAUGGCAAAAACCAAAAGUGAAUUUUGCCUGACAUGUGAUGAACGUUUUCCAUCUAUAAUUCUCUACCAAGGUGAAUGCUAUCGAUGUUAUAGAGAUAAAAAUACUCCCAAAAAAUUUUCAACAGAAAAUAAUAUGAAUCUAG